UUUCUAGUUAACUUCAAGCUAUCUACUUCAGCAGCUUUCUAGAUGAACAUCAAUUAGCACUACUUCCAAUCUAAUAGACCAACUUCGAGUAUACCGUAGCUGGAUUAGCGAUAAGUUAGCAUGGAUUAUCUCAGGGAGAAUAAUAUUUCGUGGUGGACCGUCCCUUUUGCCUUUGUACUAGCUUUAUUUCCACGGAUAUACUUUGGGAUCCUUGGAUCUGGAAGCCGAGUUUACGACCCUAAGAAUCCUCGUAGAUUUGUGGCAUCUGCUAGAAAGUCGGUAGCACUGAACACUUUGACUGUAGCGCGCAUAGAGCGUUCCGAAAAUGCUUUGAAUAACGCAUUCGAAAAUCUACCACUGUUCGCUGUCGCAGUUCUCGCUGCCAAUGUAGAGCAGGUAGACCUUGAAACUCGCAAUUUACUCUCACUUCUCUACCUUGCAAUCAGAAUCUCCUACACUUGGGUGUAUAUUUGGGGACAGGAGUAUGAUUGGUUAUCUUCUUCGACCCGGUCUAUACUGUGGCUAUGCGGAAAUAUCGUCCUUGCGUAUUUGUAUCUCUUGCCAGGAAUCCAACACGAUGAGUUGGAAAAAGAACGCAGCUACUGGCUCACGGAAGCCGUCAAACUACCACCUGGCCACACAUUGGCCCAAUUUAGAGACAACUUCGGACAGUAUAAUCCGGAUUCUCUAGUAGAAUCGGAGCUCUGAAUACAUAAGAACCAGCUGGAAAUGUUUCUAGCACUCCGGAAUACGCAUACUUAAGAACAAUAUUUUCGAAAAGUAAAAUAUAUUCAUUUUACUGUUAGUGGAAGCUUGUUACGGCUGAAGGAACCUUUCAAUCGACUCAUAUAGUAUAAGAAAAACAAAGCAGAGAGCCUUCCCAACCCAACAGGCGCCUUUUUGAUGUUUCUAAGCGCCGGAUAGUUAUCCAGCCUAGAUUUUAUGUAUCUUACUACUCUUACAUGUUUACAUCUAUCUAUUCCGUAAUAGGGGGUAUGGGGGAAAUACUUGCUAA